AACAUUUCGCGGUCGGCUGCCAGCUUCCUUUGUUCGCGGAGGACGGGAGUGAAGAUGUUGGACAUCAAUUUGUUCAGAGAAGAGAAGGGUCACAACCCUGAGAUCAUUCGUGAAUCCCAACGGCGUCGUUUCGCCAAAGUCGAAGAUGUCGACGCCAUCAUCGAACACGAUAAAGUCUAUCGUCAACUGCUAUAUGAAGUUGAAAAUCUGCGAAAGGAGUUCAACAAGAUCAACAAGCAAGUCGCUCAACUUAAAAUUGCCAAGCAAGAUGCAUCGGAGACGAUCGCCAAGACAGAGCAGGUUAAACAGAGCAUAGCUGAGAAAGAUGUUGAGGUUAAGGAAGCUUGGGCUGGUUUGAAAUCUAAAUUGGAAAAAAUUGGGAACCUUGUGCAUGAUUCAGUCCCUAUCAGUGACGAUGAAGCAAAUAAUGCUGUGAUUAGAACAUGGGGUGAGAAACGGGUGGAGCCUAAGCUAAAGAACCAUGUCGAGCUCGUCGAGCUCCUUGGGAUUGCAGAUAUAAAAAAGGGUGCUGAUGUAGCUGGAGGUAGAGGUUUCUACCUUAAAGGAGAUGGGGUGCGUCUCAAUCAAGCUUUGAUCAAUUUUGGGCUCGAUUUUUUGGAGAAAAGGGGCUAUACAGCAUUGCAAACUCCAUUCUUUAUGAGAAAAGAUGUUAUGGCCAAGUGUGCUCAAUUGGCACAAUUUGAUGAGGAACUUUACAAGGUGACUGGCGAGGGUGAUGACAAAUAUCUUAUUGCAACAGCUGAACAGCCACUUUGUGCUUACCACCUAGAUGAUUGGAUCCAUCCCUCAGAGCUACCUAUAAGAUAUGCUGGAUAUUCAUCUUGCUUCCGCAAAGAAGCUGGUUCACAUGGCCGUGAUACUCUUGGAAUUUUCCGGGUUCAUCAAUUUGAGAAAGUGGAGCAGUUCUGCAUUACCAGCCCAAAUGGCAAUGAUUCCUGGGACAUGCACGAGGAAAUGAUUAAAAACUCUGAGGACUUUUACCAGAUGCUAAAGCUUCCUUAUCACAUUGUGGCCAUUGUUUCUGGUGCCCUUAAUGAUGCUGCUGCCAAGAAGUAUGACUUGGAAGCAUGGUUUCCUGCAUCUCAGACUUACAGGGAGCUUGUGUCCUGCUCAAAUUGUACAGAUUAUCAAUCAAGGAGACUAGAAAUUAGAUAUGGGCAGAAAAAGAACAAUGAGCAGGCAAAACAAUAUGUUCACUUGUUGAACUCUACCCUCACAGCAACAGAAAGGACCAUAUGCUGCAUCCUUGAGAACUACCAGAAGGAAGAUGGUGUUGAAGUACCUGAAGUUUUACAGCCGUUCAUGGGUGGGAAGUCCUUCCUGCCUUUCAAGACCAAACCAGCUGCUGAAGCUAAAGGGAAGAAAUCCAAGGCAUAGUUAUGUCUUACUAAACCUUUGCUUACAAUUAAAGGAAAAAGUAUUCAGAUUGGCUGAAAACUAAUUUUGUUACUCUGAAAUUGUUGUCUUCAACCUUUAUCACGACGCCAAAUAUACCUUUCAUUUCUUUUGUAGAUGUUUCGAGGUGUUGGAAUUUUUAAAAAUUUGUCAUAGAACUGUAACAAACUGCCAUAAAUUUGGUUUAGCUACAAUAUUACUACUCUUGAACAGGAAGAGGAGGAUGACAUUUGAGGAUUUGCAUCACCAUUGUAGUUCACCCUCAAUUUAAAUGUUUUCUUUGUAAUGCACAAUAUAAUCGAAUUUUCUUCUUUUUGGGAUAUUA